CUUCCGGUUUACCGUACCACGUGGGUAUCCCCAUGUCAUCUGCCCUUGACUAGCAUUUCUCUGGCUCUAUAAUGUCUGUGACCAAGACAACAGGGGCGAAAACCAUCGAUAUAGUAAAGAAUCUACCUCGAAUUACACUCGCGAACCUUCGACCAAAUCCGGGUGCAAAGAAAGAUGAGAAGCGCAGAGGUCGCGGGAUUCACGGAGGCAACAGAAGCGGACGUGGGCAUAAAGGUGAACGGCAGCGUGGCAAUCGACCGCGACUGGGCUUUGAGGGCGGACAGACCCCGUUCUAUCUGAUCAUCCCGAAAUACGGCUACAAUGCCAAUCACAGCCGUCGGCCGCAGUUUCCUCCGCUAUCCCUGCGCAGACUCCAGUACCUCAUAGAUUUGGGUCGCGUCGACCCUACGCAACCCAUCGAUCUGACCCAACUCGUCAACGGCCGAGGGGUUACGAUCCAGCCUCUGAAACGAGACUAUGGCGUUCAGCUCAUUGAUGAGGGUGCUGAUGUAUUUUGUGCAAAAGUAAACCUGGAGGUCCAGGUUGCCUCGGAGAAAGCCAUUGCUGCCGUUGAGCGAAAUGGGGGUGUGAUCACAACCAGCUACUACGAUCCCCGCAGCCUCCAGGUCCUCAUCAAACCAGUGCCCUUCCUCAUGUCCGGCGAGCCCAUACCCAAACGCCUGCUGCCCGGUGAAGACCUUCUUCCGUAUUACACAGACGCCAAUAACCGUGGAUAUCUCGCAGACCCAGAUCAAGUCCAAGCUGCACGGCUGCAUCUGGCUAAAAAGUAUGGCUACACCUUACCUGACAUCACGACGGAUAAACUUUUUGAGAUGCUGGUCCAAAGGAAGGAUCCUCGUCAGAUCUUUUUUGGGUUAUCACCUGGAUGGGUGGUUAACAUGGCAGACAAGAAGAUCCUCAAACCCACUGAUGAAAAAGUCUUGCACUAUUACGGAUCUUAAAGUCUUCAUUCGAUGUGGAUGUCUGUGUAUAUAAAGUGAACGUGGAAGAACUGAUUAAAUUCAAUGUCUGGAAUAAAAAGCUGAUUCCACA